GCCGUUCCUGCGUCCCAGAAGGGCUCCUGGUCGUCGUUUCUCAAAUCUAUCGCAUCGUUCUCCGGCGACCUCUCCUCUUUGACUGCGCCUCCAUUCAUCCUGUCGCCCACCUCGUUGACAGAAUUCCCUGCAUAUUGGUGUGAGCGACCAGAGCUCUUCGCCGCCAUCGCAGAUGCAAAGACAGACGAGGACAGAUCACUGACUGUUCUCAAAUGGUUUAUUAGCACGUUGAAGGAUCAGUACACGUCGCGAAAUGAGUCCAUGGGGUCGGAGAAGAAACCGCUGAACCCAGUGCUCGGCGAGUUGUUCUACGGAUACUGGCCGGACAAGAACGGGCGGGGCAAGACGAACCUCCUCGUCGAGCAAGUCUCGCACCACCCGCCCAUCACCGCGUACUACAUCGCUAACCCGUCGAAGGGGCUCUCCCUCCAAGGGCACAACGCGCAGAAGACGUCCUUCUCUGGCGGUAGCAUCAUCGUGCGACAAGUCGGACACGCCGUGCUGACGGUCCUCCUGCCCUCGGGCGAGAAGGAGGAGUUCCUGAUCACGCUCCCGCGACUGCGUAUCGACGGGCUAUGGUACGGCUCGCCGUACAUAGAGCUCACCGAUAUGUCCUACAUCCAGAGCUCCACCGGCUGGCUCUCGACCAUCGAGUACAAAGGCAAGGGCUACUUCUCCGGCAAGUCGCACUCGUUCAAGGCGACCGUGACGCCGCCGGGCUCCUCGAGCGCGAAGCACACCAUCGAGGGCACGUGGCACACGACGAGCAAGGACAUCAAGACCGGCCAGCCGUUCCACGACGUCACGGGCCCGAAGGAGGAGGCGACCGUGACGGACGUCGAGCGCCAGAACGAGUGGGAGAGCCGCAAGCUGUGGAGCAAGGUGUCGAAGGGCAUCCGCGAGGGCGAUUUCGAUGCCGCGAGCAAGGAGAAGAGCAAGAUCGAGAAUGAGCAGAGACAGCGGAGGAGGGACGAGGCGGCUGCCGGGACGAAGUGGCAGCUAAAGCAUUUCGUCCACAUUGACAGUGAUCCAACGUACGAGAAUCUAGGAAAGCUCUUCAAGGCCAACCCGCCAACGGAGGACGCGUACAUCUUCCAGCAUAACCCUCCAUUCGCGGAGAUGGAGUUGCCGGUCGAAUCGCCUGCCAAACCUCUGUAG